AUGGAUUGCGAAUGGAUGGAGCGUCGACUAGGGCUGCAUACUCCUACCAAGCCCCGUUGGCAAAGGAUUAAAGGUACUCAUACAAGAUUCCAUGGGUGGAGAUAUACAAAUUAUUCAAAGAUAAUAUACGCAGAUCCUGACUACCUACUUAUGAGCAACAUAGAUGAACUAUUUGAAAUAGGCGCCGAUUACGGAACAUCCCCGGUCAGAAGACCAGGACUAAUGUAUUUUAAAUUCAGUGCUGGGUUUUCUGUAUUUAGACCAGACUUACAUCACUACGAGUCAAUUAUGAACUUAUGGGAAAGCAUAGCAAAAGAAAAAGAUCCAAGCGACAUUACAAGUGACAGUUGUUGGGACGAUGAGGCCGUACUGAAUUACUAUUUUAGUUCUAUUGGAAAACUUUAUCAAAUUUCCUACGCGUACAACCCGCAAAGGGUUGUUUAUCAGCCUGUGAGGGCAUUUCACUUUGCUUGCUGCAGCCCGCAGAAACCUUGGCGGGACAGAAAUAAUUGUCGUCCUAGCCGAGUUGAAGCAGAAUUAUAUGACAAGCCUGUCACUAACGUACAGCAGGCGUCUAUGGUUUUUUGGAAAGUUCUGUACACUGCUUUAAAGACUUAUGACAUUGACAAGAUAUGGUGGAGAAAAACUCGGUAUUUUGACGCCAGCAAAGAAUUUGGGAAGCAUCGCUAUGAAGAGUGCUGGACAGAUUAA